AGUAUAUAGUCCGUGUAUAUAUAUAGACACAUGCAUAUAUACACCGUAGCUAGCUAUAGGUGACGUCCCAUGUAUAUAUAUGGAUCAAAAGAAACAUUUAGGCGCACUAAUAAAAUUAGCUUCAUUCAACACGUAUCUACCUGCAGGUAGCUCUGAUCUAUCUUCUGAGGAUCCGAUCGAUCUGAAUUGAAGCAGCUCGGCAGCGCAGAAAGUUAAGCAAGAAUGAGUGGCGGUGGGUCCUCAUCAUCAAGGAAGAAGAAGCUGCCGCUGCUUCUUCCAACUCUGCUUCUUCUGCCGCUGCUUGUGACGGUGGCAGCUGAAGCACAACAACUGACAUGCAACGACGUCGUGAGCAGCCUCUCACCCUGCCUCAACUUCGUGAUGGGAGGCAACACGGCUGCUGCUUUGCCGCCCGCGGGGUGCUGCGGCGGGAUCAAGUCAUUGUUCGCCGCCGCUCAAACCACCCCGGAUCGCCGCACUGUCUGCACUUGCCUCAAGACCGUUGCUUCCAGCGCCACCACCGCUCAAAUCGGGCGCGCCGCCAGCCUGCCCUCCGCAUGUGGUGUCACCAUACCGUACAAGAUCAGCCCUCAGCUUGACUGCUCCAAGGUCAACUGAUUCAAAUUAUUGAGGGUCAAUCAAUUCAAUAAUUACGCAUUGCAUAUUAUAUAUAUUUGCAUGCAUGCCAUGCCAUGCAUGUUAUUGAAUUUCCUUUAUUUUCCCGAUCCAUCUCCGCGCGUGUUCGCAUGUACUAAUUGCAUGCGUGGUCGAUUUUAUUCCAUGCCAAAAUAUUGUACGAUCAAAUAAUUCAUCAUCAUCAUCAUCAUCAUUAUUAUUAUUGUUUAAUUAAUACUUUCUCCG